GAUCCCGGCGAUAGCUACAUAUACAACCAUCCCGUCAAUAACAACUUCCAUUAUCAUCGUAUAGAUCCUCAACAGCCUCCCUAAUACUAGCACAAGUUACUGGGCAACUCGUCAUACGCCUCGCGAUGACCACCCCGCAGCAACAGCAGGUCGUGAAGCAAUGGCUGGAAAGGGUGUUAUCUCCUUACCCGUCGUCCGACACGCUCUCUAGAGAAGCUUUGGCGGCUCUGGCCAAGUAUCCGACGUUGUCAAUCAAAACCGAUGCAUAUACUUACGACUCGGGUCAGACUCACCUGCUAGUACAACUUCAUGGGACCAUUCCUAUCUCAUACCGAAACCAGACGUACCAUAUCCCCAUAGUCGUCUGGUUCCCCUUGGAAUAUCCCAGAAGACCUCCACUAGCAUACGUCACUCCGACGAGGGAUAUGUCGAUUAGGAAGAGUAAAGAGGUCGAGCCGAGCGGCAAGGUCGGGGGAGACAUGGUCGAAAUGUGGGAGCGGAAGUGGGAGGCACAUUCACUGGCUGCAAUGUUGAGCUGGAUGCAGGACCUCUUUUCAGCCCAGCCUCCUGUUUAUGCUAGACCACCUACGACGCCGAUGACCCCGACCCAGUUCUCUUCCGCUGCUACCCGACCACAAAGUCCCGGACAACCUCCGCCUCGUCCAACACCUCCGGAUCAACCUCGGAUGAACGGAUCGUAUGUCCAACAGAAUGUAAAUGGGAUGGCUUCACCACCUGGUGUCCCGGUGAGACCGCGGCAACUCGUCAUGCCUGGCCUAGGGAGUUAUAGCGAUCCCUCACCAAUUGCAGGAAGGUCCGAGCAACUGCCAGCAUACAAGCCAGGGCCGGCACCACCCCCGAUCCCGGCGUCUCCCCUUCGACAAGGUCCUCCAGCCCACGAUAUUCGCGGUUCCCCAGGGUCUUCGACGCCUCCACCUCGACCAGGACCGCCAACUAUCGCAGGCAGACCCGUCUCGAAUUACGAUACCUAUGACGGGCGGGAUGCGCCGAACAGGAUGCCGUCUGUGAGAUCAGAUACGGGAGUUUCGUAUGGACCUCCUCCAGGUCAGUACCCCCCAGGUCAAGAUCGUCAGGCGCCACCGUCACCACAACAGCAGCAAGGGAUAUAUCAGCAUGUACAAAACCAACAGCCCUCCUAUGCACCCAUCCCAAGCGGAUCACCUCUACCGCCUCAGGGUCAAUCUCACCACUCGUCACGCCAGUCAAGCCUUGCCCCACAACACAGCGGACCGGGAAUGCACUCAAAUACGCCAAACCCCGGUCAGAGCAUGAUACCUCAACAUCAACCUCGAGCCGCUCCUAAACCUCCUAUAACGGAUCUACUGGCAGACGAUUCCAUCGUAGACGAAACACCCUUGUCAAACUCGACCUCGCCCGGCGGACCUGUCCCCGCGCGACCUCUCCCCCCAAGCACGCUGCAUCUGCAUUCGCUCGUCCAUUCUCACCUUUCUUCACGACUCCCACCACUCCUGGAACACCUACAGGGGCAGACAAGACAAUUACUCGGCGUACAGGCCGACUUGUCAUCGGGAGAACCUGCUAUCAGGGACGAGAUGGCACGGCUGGAAGCGGUCCGUGCGGUCUGUAUUGGGGUGGCGGAUAAGAUGGGUGCAGUCGUCAGCGCCGGGGAAGAACGGGUGAGGGAUCUGGAAAGGCGAGGAGAGGUUGCGGUGGACGAGGUUGUGUGUAGUGUCAGCAUCGUACAUAAUCAGUUGAUCGACCUGGUGGCCGAGGACAAUGCCAUCGAGGAUACGAUCUACCAUCUUGCCAGAGCAUUGGACGCGGAACGUAUCGACUUGAACACGUUUCUAAAGCAAACCCGAAAUUUGGCACGGGAACAGUACCAAAAGAGAGCAUUGAUCGAGAAGAUCAGGGAGGAACUGGAAAAGGGUCGGCCGGAGGGUGCGUAGCUGUUCAAUCGGAUGAAGAUGUAGACACUCGGUUGUAUGCUAGAAAAACGAGGAUACCCGAUGAUUGUAGCAUGGAUUCCGCGAUGCUAUACCUUGGCUGUCGGUGCUCUGAUGAGUGACAGGCCUACGAUAGUCCGGGGAACGGACAGCACGAUGUUUCAGGUUUUCGUUCAUAGCCACGUCAUCAUGCAUCAUACGAUU